AGAUUUUCAGAAUUUAAAAUACGGGAUACCAGGCCAAGUUUAGAUCUGAAAUAGAUUUUGAUUUGAAAACUUAAAACUGUAACGAGAAAGGAAGCUCAAAAGUUGUAAACAAACACAUUUGCUGAAAUCAACCUGCAAACAUUGUUUGAUCUGAACAGGCUCAUCCUCAAGUAGUUUCUUCUCGGCUUGAAUUUUUUUACAUGGAAGAAGUAAUUGGAGAUUUCGGCGUAAUGGAGGGGAGAUGGACCGAAGAGUUUACUGAUUUAGAAUCUGUUGAAUAUUCUAAGAUUGGCGUCAUCGACGGAGGAUGGAGUGAAGAACUUAUGUCUGAUGAUAUUAACAAUUUUCAAAGUUUAACAAUUGCUCCCGUCGACCAUCAGAAGCAAUGUAGUAUAGUUGGCGGAUCAUUAAAUCCUCAUGGCUAUAUGUGUGUCUCGGCAAUUGGUUGUAAACGCAAACAACUCAACUUUUUUGGCAUACACGAGGCUACAUGUGAGGGCAUUGUCCCCCGUGCCCAAAUAUACGCCUACCCAAUUGGAUGCGAAAGAUGUGAGCGACGCCCACCUGGAGGUAUAGAAAACGCUAUUCGUAAAGCUAUUCAAGAUGGAGUCAAAGUUCUUUCCAUAUCUAUAGGAUAUACAGUGGGUCGUGCUCAUCGAUUAAAGUGUCCAAAAAAUGACGACUAUGGGAUGUCUAUCUUAGAUGGAGUAAAGAAAGACAUGUUAACAUGUGUUACAGUGGGAAAUGACGGUCCACUUGGAGAAUCAGCAAAGAAUGGUAUGCCAUGGGCUCUCACAGUAGGAGCACAUACAUCAACAAAUGUAGUGCAAACUGUGAUCGAGGUUGCCGUAGACAAAAAUGUUCCAUUGGUUGAUAUUUUGGAGCAUGAUAAAAAUGGAAAUUUAAAUAUAAUUGGCAAGUUUAAGGGGAGUUCUCUCAAUGUGCAAGAAAGUCCGUUUUUUAAGUUGUGUAUAUUGGAAGAUGUAUUUGGAAAAGAUUGUAUACUCAAGGCUGACCGAUCAAGUGAGAUGUGUUAUUUGGACCUUGCUAAGCCGCAAUCACGGACACUUGUUGCGGGAUCGUCGGUUUCUAGUAUAAUGAAGGUUUCAUUGAGUAAGGAGAUUGUGGACCAAUUGUUGAAGUGGCAGAGCGAAUUUGGGGAAAUUUUUAUAAGAAUUCAAAGAAGUAAAAUUGAAACAGAUAGUAGAGGGGUUUUGGUUCCUGUGUUUUCCUCCCGGGGUCCUUCAAGAAUUUACAAAGAACACAUAAUUCCUGAAGUGGUUGCACCAGGCUAUGCUGUCCUUAUACCACAUCCCAGUACCAUAGCACUUAACUAUAAAAGUUUAGAAGUUGAACAAACUAGUAGUGGUGAUAUAGAGGAGCCACUUUUUAGUGACUGCAACAUAGUUUCGGGAACUUCAAUUGCAUGUCCACAAGUAGCAGGAGCUGCUCUUAUUUUACGUUCUUACCAUCCUCGUUGGACUCCUUCGGAAGUAAAGUCGGCUCUUAUAACAACAGCAAAAAGCUUUUCAGCAAGAAACAUUCCUGGCAAUGAACUUGUAUUUGGACCCGGAUCGAUCAACAUUAAAGCUGCUUUACAUCCCGGACUUGUAUAUGACGAAAACUGGACACAUUUCAGGGAGUACGUUGAUCAAAAGCGUUCAAUUUAUGACCUCAAUCUCCCUACUUUUGCGGCCUCCUUUACUUACACUUCACGGAGUUGCAACCGGAUUUUCCGACGUGAAUUAAAAAAUGUUGGUGACCACAAAAUGGUUUACAAAUGUGUUAUCCAGUAUUUCAGCAAAUUAUGGGAUCCCGUAGAAAUCACAGCGGUACCUGAUUGUCUAGAAUUUGAACGUGGUGAGAAGCAGAAAUUUGAGUUGAUUGUGAAUAUAGUUCCUCGUCCAUCAGCCCAUAUAUCUGCACUACUUAUGUGGAUUCCAGUUGGUGGCGGACAAUCAGUGUGCAGCCCAAUUCACUUGUACCAUCAUAGUGAAUUUGACAAAUCAAGCUGGUAUGAGGAUGGUAGGAGAGAUACAGAUUAAACAGGCUUCCUUUUGUGGUGUCAACAAGUAUGAGUGACAAAUCAAGUAUACAAAUUAGUUGUAUACAAAUUAAGUUGUUGGUAAUACACGUAUUAUCUAUGUGUUGGAACUUAUUUAUCUUUUGAGUAUAACCAGAGAUUAUAUGGA